GUUCCUGAAACUAUUUUGUGUAUGGUAAAGGCCUAGAUCUUUUGACAAAAUGACGACAAUAAAUUACAGUAAAUGGGAUCAUAUAGAUAUUUCAGACGAUGAAGAUGACACCCAUCCGAAUAUCGAUACAGCAAGUUUGUUCAAAUGGAAACAUGAAGCAAGACUUGAAAGAAUGGCCAAACAAAAAGAAAAGAGAGAGGAGUUUGAAAAGGGAUAUACCAGUCAUAACAAAAAGAUGUCUGAAAUCAAAAAGAAACUCAAGGAGGUCAAAGAUAAAGAAGAUUUAAAAAGUGACUUUGAAAAAUUGAAUUUGGAAUUGAGUGAGUUGGAGAAACAAGAAAGAGAGUGGAAGAAAAAAGAGGAAGAAUUAAAACAGGAAGAAAAGUUGACACCAUUGAAUAUAGAUACAAUUUGUAAAGAAGGGAUGUCUAAAACUGUAAUCAAUAAAGCUCCACCAAAACCAGAAGAACUCACAGACGAAGAGAAGGCAGAACGACAGAAAACCUUCGUGGAUAAACACAAAGCAGAAAUCAAGAAAUAUGGAAUGAUGAAGAAGUAUCAAGAUAGUCAACAGUUUUUAAGUGACCAUCCCUAUCUUGUCUGCGAGGAAACCGCGAAUUACUUAGUUUUAUGGUGUAUAGAUUUAGAAAUAGAAGAAAAACAUGACCUAAUGGAUCACGUGGCACAUCAAGUGAUUGUCAUGCAGUUUAUUUUAGAAUUGGCCAAAACAUUAGAAAGAGAUCCACGAAGCUGUGUUCGAGCAUUCUUCGCCAGAAUUGAAGUGGGAGAGAAACAGUAUCAAGAUGCAUUCAAUGAUGAAUUAAAUGGUUUUAAAUCAAGAAUCAAGGCGAGAGCUAAGACGAAAAUAGACGAAGCCAUGAAAGAAUAUGAAGAGCAAGAAAAAAAGAAGAGAUUGGGACCAGGUGGUUUGGAUCCAGUUGAUGUCAUGGAAACUUUACCACAGAGAAUUCGCGAGUGCUUCGAAAACCAGGACUUAGGUAUGUUAAAAGAAAGAAUAUUAGAGUUAUCACAAGAGCAAGCUGAAUAUCAUAUCAAACGGUGUGUAGAUUCCGGUUUAUGGGUGCCGAAUGCAGCUGAGAAAACAUCAAAGAAACCGACAGAAGAGGAUGGUGAAGAAGAGGAGUUUUAUGAAGCCGUGGAGUAAAAAGAUUAAAGAGGGUUUCGUUCUCUCUUUUCUAUAGUUUAAAGUUGUUGGGACACUGUGGGGCCGUUUUCAAAAUUUAACAUGGAUUGAAUCCAGAUCUAAGUAAUAUCACUCUAACGUUAUAAGUCUUCAUUUUGUACCGGUAAUGGCCGCUUCGCCGAUUGUUCUGAUAUACGCCUGCACUCUUAAGUGCAAAAUUCAAGAGGGCGCUUGUGUCAACUGUGAAAAUAUGUUAUUGUGCGUCUGAAUAUAUAUAUAUGUAUAUAAAAUAUAAAUGCUUGAUGUAGUAAUGAAGAUGAAAAUCAAUAUGGCAGACUUUCUUAGAAUUUGACCAUUGAUUGAAUUUACUGUUAACUAGCAGACUAGUGUAGAAUUUAGUGUUUUGUGUUGAAUUACUCAUCUCUAAGAAAGUUAAAACUGUUAUGAUGUUAGUAAUUUGUUUAUAAUGAAAAUAUAAAAAAUUAUAUAU